AUGUCGAGCACGGCGCCGCCGACGACUCCUGCGCGCCAAAACACCGUGAUGCGAUCGUUCACAAGUCCCACCGCCAAUCGCGCUGCCUCGACUGGCGCUGCCAUCGGAGAGACAGAAGGAGUAGAGACGCUAUUUGUACAUGCCAACACCAAGGUCAUCCGAUUUACUAGCUCUUCGCCACCUGGAAGUAGUGCAGGCACCCCGAGUCCAGGUGGCAGAGCGCAAGGAACGCUGCCAUGGGCCACAAAUACCGAGAAGACCAUGGCGGCCGGCCCGCUGGAGAUCUACCGUGUGCCCGGCUCGGUGUCAUUCUUACACUCUGGAGCCCUUCUGCACACUAUAAUGCCGAGGAGUAACUGCUGGUGCGUCGACGGAGUUAGUAAGUUCGCCAUGCGCGUCCUGCCGGAUACCUACUACCGCAUUGAGCUGCCCGGAGAUACGCCUGAGGAUUUGGAAAAGGUGGAGGAGCUGAAGUUGACACUCGCCAAAGUCCUGUUCUACGAGCGAACUGCCUGUCCCUUUGCCCGCACUUUCUCCGUCGACUUGCCAGAAGAGGAGGAAGUGAAGCCCAAGAAACGGCGAAGACGAACAGAUGGCCCAGCAAAGAAGUGGAAGCUGGACAAGGCUUACAGUUGGAGGCCAGAAGGCUGGACUCCAGAUCAAGACCGACCCAGUGGUGAAUCCUCAGGUAGUCAGACUGCGACAGAUGAGGAGGGCAGCUCGAGCUCGACCGAUGACCAGGUCGAAGAGGCUGCCGACCAGCUCACGCAAAUGAAGAUUGCAACUCCCUCGCGGCCCUCUGUUCGCGAUCGAGCAAAGCGUUUCAAUCAGCGUUCUGUCACGGCGCCUCCACUCAUGUCCCUACAAUCUACACCGCCCUCACGACUUCGCACAUCCUUCCUGGCCCAUGACAACGCAGCUAUUUCAGAGACAUCGGAUUCCCAUUCUCGCGACCUGCAUACAGAGCGACUGCAUACAGAGCCAGGAGCUUCGCGAGAGCAACAUCGAACCUUACAAGCGAUCUUCACAGAUAUGCCGCCGUCGCCGCCUGACUCCAGUGCUGACUUGGAAUUCACUUCGCCAAAUCCAACUUCCCGGAGGAUGGAACCUGAGCAAUCAACAAGCAGCGAGCAAAGCCGAGAAGAACUUGGGAUGUACACAUCGCACGUCAGCCAUGCUCCAGAAAUGGCGUCUGCCAUCUCUGCACCGACCGCAUCUCCGUCACAGGCAGAGGACAUGGGCGCGGCGGCCAUCACCCGCUCGGCUGCAGACGCCGACCAAUUGGAAGAAAAGCCUGGCGAUCCUGGCGAGCUUAAUAAAGAGAAUGAUGAGGCGGAAAGCACUUCCACGCCACCCGAUCCGCUCCACGUGCAUGAAGACGCAUCUGCAGCUUUACCCAAAUUAGAAGGCUCUGUCAACUCCGAUCCUGUCACCGUCACAGAUGAUGCACAUGCGGCCGAAGAUGGUAUCCCUAUGCACGAUCAGCCACCAUCGCUGGAACCGUUCCAUGUCAAAACGAACAGCCGAAUCGCCUCAUUACCAAGUUUCCAGGUCGAUGGCGCAAAUCUAGAUCCAUUUGACAAAGAGCCAUCGCUGCAAGAGUCUGAAGACUCGGACGCUGUUAGCCAGAACACUGCUGCAGUGACUACAGAGCACCCAGCGGCGGCAGAUCCUGAACAGGAAAAUGCUUUCUUGCAGCGGCAGUCAGUUUUCGGCAACGUAGAGCCUGAUCCUUAUGCACAAAUCCAAGCUAGGAUACAGGCUCGCCGCACGAUUGGCAGUGGAGAGACGACUGGUUUCGAACCACUUCGGAGGCAGCCGACACGACAGUCUUCGUCCUCUACUGCCUCGUCAAGCUCGCUUCGAUCAACUCGCUCACGAAGAGGACGACCUGCAGAUCGUAAGCAGGACCAGGCAUUAGCUGCAGGUCUGGUUCGAAAAGCCUACGAUGUAUUUCUUGGCCCUCCCGCACAUCUGAUCGCCAUCAUGCUGAAGAUCGCGGCGAGAUUCGCUCGAGGCACAUUCCGGAAUACCCUACUAUAUGAGAGCCCACGCGGGAUGAAAAAGCACAUCCCUGGUUCAUUUGACCUUGACGGCAGUGACGUUGAAUUCCUUGAUGAGUCUGAGGAAGAUGGUUCUGCUGGCGAGGAUGACUUCGGUGUGCCGCUAAGGAACCCUAUCAGGAUGAUGAGCUCUGAGGCUAUGCCCGGGCAGUUGGCUAGUCCGAGUAUUCAGGAGAGAAGAGGUUGGCAGUUGGAGACGUAG